AUCUAGGAAAGAAAUCGGUCGAUUCUAGGAAAAAGGAACCAAGCUCAACUAGGUAAUUGGUGCAUCCGCUUGAGUACAUACUUGAGACGACUCAAAUCAAGAAAAUUGCAAGGCGAACUUCAGUGUUUCUGCUCUCUAAGCAAUCUAGCAGCUUCUUCUGCCCCCUCUGCCGCAUCAGCUGCGCACAGCCGUUUUGCUGAUCAAGUGCGGAAAACCGAGAAAAAAGCGUGUCUUCUCAAAGAGCUAACGCAGUCAGGAGGCAUCACGAAAACGACGUUGUCUGUAAAGGCAAAAGCGACACUGACGGGAUUCAAUUAUGACGCUCGCAACAGAGUAUUAUAACUAAGAGAGAUCAUCGCUUGCUAUUGCUCAGUCGUCGAUGUCUAAGGGUUUCUCACCCUAAUUGGGUUCGAAUCCUGCUCGUCCUCGAUGUUUACUAGUGCUGCUUCAUACUUAUUAGAGCAGUGUUACAUUAAUUACUAUCUAAUGAGCACGACUUCAAUCUAGACUCUACGUCCAGCAGUAACAUAUCUUCAUCACCCUCAUUAUCGUCUAAUUCAGUGCAGGACUGGCGACUCUCGGAGCUGACAUUCACAUCCUUUUGCCGACUAGCUCAGCUGCUGAAGCAAAGAGCGGCUAUACGAAAUACCAUCUUCUGAUCCUAUGGUUUCCUCAUCGAAAACUGAAAAUGACCGAGUUACAGACUGAAAUAAGGUGCGAGGUAGCUCUGACAGGGCUACUCUUCCUUGUUCAGUAUCUCGCUUAUAAUUUUCAGUAGUUACUCGCUUAUUUCAGUUUAUCGAUGAAUAUUUAUCUAAUCGGAGAGUUGAUAAAGACGCAAUUUUCCGUGUAUGGCGAAAUGAAGGAGAUCAAGGAGAUUGCGCACUUCGUCAAGGAGAACAUGGACGAGACGCAAGGCAAGCAGCUCUUAAACGAAGUAGAGCAUUUUGAUAGAAUUUAUGGAAAGGUCAAUGGUCACGAUGGAUGAAUGAAUUUGAAUGUAAUGACUGGAGCGCGAGGAUGAAUGAAUGUAAACGAACUGUCGUAGGGUUAUUCGUUGUGAUUUAAGUAGGAUACCGACAAAGGAAUGGUCCGCUCCCUAGUAUUAUCCGAGAUAUUGAUUACACCUUCUCGUUCUCGAUCUCGGCCGAAUGUAUGCGGUGAUCUAUGUCUAUCAGUACCAAUCUCUAAUUUUCGGUCGACCGAUUUGCUGGGGUAAUGGCAGAUUUAGGACUGUGGACGUUCAUGCUGAAGGCGCGCGAGUUUGACACGUCCGGUGCGGACCUUAUUUUCUUAGACCCACUUACUGGAGCAGUUGGCGAGAUAAGUCGAAAAUUCCUGCAUGAUAGCAAUUAUGACUGGGUUUCGAUUUCAGUACUAGCGUGUUGCUUGUGUUAGGGUUGGUCUUGAACCUAGGAAAAAGGGGCCUCUAGACAAUCGCAAUUAUGAUGCGCUUGAAUAUAAGCCAUCUGCUCUUUUCUCUCUAAGUUACAGGAAACAAGCUCGAUUUGGUCGCACCUGCGCGAGUAGACGAUCCAGAGGCGAAAAAGCUUCUCAUAGACACAAUCACCACUGUUCUACGACAGCUUACUGGAGAAGAUCAGACAGAUUCGCAGCAAGAGACCUGACAUUUUUGAGCAAUACUGCUGCUGGCAGUGUUUGAAGCGUAUAAUACUAUGGGUUUGCGGAAGGCGACAACUCUAGCAGGACCUUAAGUGAAGGCGUAGUCGAGGCAACCUACCUUAUCGUCAUCCUAUCCUAACUUUUGUUUUUUUCACAGAUUCUUUUUCGUGAAGUAAGCACGUACAGCUACAAACAUGUAGAGCUUUUUUCCCCAUAUUACAUAUGAUCAUACAUGAUGCCGUAGAACAUCCACUCGUAGUUCUUUUGUGUGUUUCGAAAUUCUCGUGCGACCUGCAUUUUCGCCACCAAAUUGUUGACGUUGAGACAUUAACUACUACUACAUGAUGUUGUAGAAAAAACUGCAGAAACGAGGAAUUGUGGUAUAGUAAGACGAAAGAGGUUUCACACCAGG